AUGAGCAUCCAGGAUAUUGCGUGCGUGUUUUGGGACUACAACCGGACAGAUUGGAGUACAGAAGGCUGCAACAAAGUCACAAAGUCCUUCAGUAGCUCAGACUCCUUCGCUGUCCUGACCUGCAGCUGUAACCACACCACUAACUUCGCUAUGCUAAUGAGUUUUAGCCAAAACUACAAAUAUUCUGAAGCUUUAGGCGUGAUCAGUAUAAUCGGCUGUGCUCUGUCUGUUGCGGGCUUGGUCAUCACAGUACUGUUCCAGAUCCUGACAAGAAGGUCCAGAGGAGUGAGCCCCACUUUUCUGAUGGUCAAUAUCUGCGUGAGCAUGACCAUCUUCUACCUCCUCUUCAUCUUCGGCAUUAACAACCCGGUCCAACAUAAGGCUGCAUCUGCCCCGUCACCGAUCAACUCCAUCCCACCAUCUGAUGUCCACCAUGAGAUGGACCGGGGACCGUGCACAGCCAUGGCUGCCCUGCUGCAGUAUUUUCUUCUGGCCACGUUCACCUGGAGCACCCUGUACGCUGCCCAGAUCUUCUUCGUGAUCAAAAACGCCAUCUCGGGUGCACCACGAAACAUCAACACUUUCUCCAUUGUAGCCGGCUGGGGUUUCCCUGCUGUGAUAGUUGGCAUCUCAUUAGGAGCCACAUACCGACCAGAUAAACCCUUAAACUACCAACAGGAGGAGUUUUGUUGGCUGGCUGCGCUGACUCCCAACAAGGAGUUUGAUGUAUGGAAGCCCAUGUUCUGGGGUUUUCUUCUCCCACUUGCUCUAAUGAUCUUUUUCAACAUUGCUGUACUCUUUUACUUCGCACUCACCACCUGCAGGACUACCCAAUCACUCAACAGCUCGCAAGUGACCCCUUUUCGGAAGAAGUUGCUGAGCAGUGUGUCCUUGGCUGUGGUGCUGGGGAUUUCCUGGAUCAUCGGCUACUUCAUGCUCCUCUCUGUUGACCCAAUUCAGCAAAACAUUUUCACCUACGCCUUCUGUCUGUGCAACACCACACAGGGUGUUCAGAUCUUCGUUUUAUUCACCUUAAGAACAAAAAUCUUCAAGGAGAAGUUUUCCAUCUUCAGGAAGUCCGUUCCAGCCCCUGAGGUGUCCGUUCACAGGAUGAGCUACCACCUAUGGUCCAUCAGGGAGGAAGAUCCCUUGGAAAGCUACAGGUCUACAGACUUCGAUCAGCAAGUACUGCACCACAUGGACGACCAAACGGAAAAUCCAACAUAA